AUGGAAUAUGAAGGAUUAAAAACUGAAAUGAAGCUUCUCAAGCCUUGUACCAAAAGUCUCACCGAUCUCGCAAAUCAAUUUUUCAUAACAGACGCAUCAACAGCUACAGGCCGUCACCAAUCAGCUACUAGAAGAUCAUCUCAAAAAUUUUCAUCACCAAAAAUGUUUUUAAACGUCAUAGAUGGCUCCAGUAAACAAAUCAUCACAAUCCCUGACAAAGAAAAAUAUUUUAUUGACAAAGCCAGACCUGUCACUGCAAGUUUCCAAAAAAAUACUUCAAAACAAAUUUUAGGUAUACAUUCUCAAAUUGGCCAUAGCAAUAAUUCAAUUAUUGCCUCAAAAAAGACGAGUGAUGAAGACUUAUUGAGAUACCUGAAAUCAAUAAAAUGCUUAAAAGAGCUGAAUACUGAUAUAGAAAUCAACUAUUUGUUAGCAAAUUCCAACCCAAAGUCAUCAUUUUUAAAAAGUGUGGAUUCAUUUUUAAAUAAAUUACACUCAGAUAUCAUGAUCUCAGCAGACCAAACCCCUUCACAAAUUCUUAGCUUAAAUAGAGAAGCAAUAAUCCAAAAACACAAAGAAUAUUUAGGACUAUUAAGACAGCUUUACAAAGAAAACCCAGAUUCUGUUUAUACCAUGUCAUAUGAAAUCAUUUGGAGAUUUGCAAUAAAGCUGUUUGACAAUGCCCUGAUUGUCCACGACUAUCAAAUUAGUGCAUUAGAAGAAUCAUAUAAAUAUAAGAUGAAAAGAACUGUAGAUAAAUACGAAAUAGAGAUUUUGAAGCUAAAAGAAUCUUUGAAUAGCCAUCAAUCUGAUGCUCAAAGAGACGAAGACAAGCUGAAACAAAGAAUUGAUGUAUUGAAAGAAGAAAUUUAUAAUUUGACACAAAUUAUCGAAGAAAAAGAAAAUACUAACUCCCCCCCUCCGUGAGUGAACAAAAAAAUUUCGUUCACUCACGGAGGGGGGUUAAUUUUUUUUUUUGAAAUUUCAAAAAAUCCUAUUUCGCAAAAAUUGGAAAGCAAAUAUUAAUUUAAUUUAUAAAAUUUAUAUUUUAAAAAGCAAUUUGUUUAAAAUUAAACAGAAUUAGCACUAGAUUUCAUUAUGCUAAUUAUCACUUAUAUAUCAAAAUUUUUUUCUAUAAAAAAAAUGCUUGAGUUUGAUAUAGAGGCUGCCUUUGAGUAGCGCUCUAAGCGCCCGAGACUUCCCGACGAAGUCUGGGCGGUGGUUUGACCAGCUGAUGUUGGUCAAACCAGCAUCCAAUUUGACAAACCUUCUGUAUGAGAAGAAUUUGUCAUUUUGGAUGUUGGUUUGACCAACAUCAGCUGGUCAAACCACCGCCCAGACUUCGUCGGGAAGUCUCGGGCGCUUAGAGCGCUACUCAAAGGCAGCCUCUAUACUAGGGAGUAUACAUUAUUGAGGGUCGGAAAAAUGAUUAAAGGACUUGGAAAUUUUACAGCUGAAAUUGAAGAGGAAAAUAGCUCACAGUUAAAAAUUUUGAGCAGUCUUUCGGGGUUAAUUAAGGCUCAGACAAGCUGAUUGGCGAGUGCGAAAAGAUGCGCAAUUGAGAUACAAACUGAUUGAAGUCUGCCUCAGCUGCAUAAUGUAUUACCAGAGCACGAUUUUCCAAUAAUUUAUAAUAAUUAUAUCAGUAGAAUCGCUUCAAAAGCUGGCCAAGAAUUCAAAAUCAUAAAUGAAACAGAUGCAAUAGAGCUAUGUGAGUCAAUCUUAUACGAGCUAAACUCAACUUGCAAAUUUGAUGAGAUCCUUGCAAUGAAUUUAAUCAAAAAGUUCCCAAUAGACCAAAAGCUAAUUUCCCAUACUUCUGGCUUAUGCUGCCAGCUCUUAACAAACCCAAAAAACUGAGCCAAAUUCUACCGAAGACUAAUAUUUUCAAACCCAAAGCUUUCUGAUGCUGAAAAUUCCUACAUCAAAGACAUUUUCAAUAUUAUAAGAUCCUGUAGGCUUGACAAAGCUGACCAAUUUUCUUUAAAAGACGCUAUCAAAUGCACACAAACUAUUUUUUGCAAAGACAAAGCCAAAGAAUUUGAGAUUUUCAACAGUCUUAUUUUUAGAAACACAGAAUCAUUCGAAGAAUCAAGCUCGCUUGAAAUUUUUUUAAUAAGACUAGCCCAAUCGAUGACAGGAGAAAAAAAAGAUCUUCACAAAUCAUUAAAUGCAUCUGUAUCUAAAGCCGAAUUAUUUGAAUAUAUCAGUUCUCUAGGCAUGUGAAUGUGUGAAAGCGAGCUCGAGAAUCUUUGGAACUAUUUGGAUCCAUUUGCAAAAGGGGAAAUACAAAUAUAUAUGCUUAUGAAUAAAUUAAAUAUCCCUGAAAUGCUAAUAAAGUCCAAGCUGAUGUUUGUAGAAAAAUAUGAAUAUUUAAAUAAAGCCCUGGAUUUGUGGGAAAAAUGCUAUGAAGCAAGGAAAAAACAGCUGAUAGGCUUGAUUUCGUGUAAAACAUAUGAAGAGUGCCAAUUUUGUUUAAAAAAACUCAAUAUCGUUGCAGAUUCUGAAAGAAUUAAAAAAAUUCUCUUGGAAAAUUUUAUGUGCAGCACUUUUGAUGAAAUAAUUGAUAAAUGCAAAUUAAUUGAUGGAAAUUUAAUACAAAUUACAGAAAAAGUAUUUAAAAAGAGAAAAAAUGUACAGAAAAAGAAAUAA